AUGCUGCCGCUCACUAAUGUGCUUUCCCGUCUGAGAGGUCUCCUCGAGCUUUCUGGUGAGGCACUUACUACUUUCGAGAGAAUCAAGGCUUCCCUCGCUGACGCUACCAUGCUCACGCAUCCCGCUCUCGAAGCUUCGCCGCCCCUCGUGGUUGAGGCUUCAACCGUUGCCGUGGGCACAGUCCUUCAGCAACAUAUUGUUGGUUUGACCCGGCCUUUGGCCUUCUCCAAGAAACUCGCCGAUUGA